AUGUCAUAUAUACGGCAACUCUGUGUACAAAAUGGCUCGUCCACAAGACCCUCCACGCGGUUUCUUCCCAUUUGGGAACCCGUUCAAGAAUCUAUCUUCAAAGAACCCUGUAUUAUCGUCGAAGCUUCUCUCGCUGUUGAACAGUUUUCGAGAAAGCUUGUCCCAAAGGAAAAGAGCCAGAUCCUGACUGUUUCAUGGAUGAAGCAAGCCAUGGAGUCUCUCUGCGAGACACAUAAUGGUAUCAAGACUCUUAUAACCGAUCUCGAGCUUCCGGUAUCAGACUGGGAGGACAAAUGGGUUGAUGUGUAUCUUGACGUAAGCGUGAAGCUCCUCGAUCUCUGCAACGCCUUUAGCUCAGAGCUAACCCGUCUCAACCAAGGCCACCUCUUGCUCCAGUUUGCUCUGCAUAACCUGGAGACAAACUCCCCUCGGAAUCUGUCGAAAGCCCAGUCAUCACUCGGCAGCUGGAAGCAACACAUUGUUUCCAAGAACCCGAGGAUGGAAAACUGCCGCGCAAUCCUGAGCAGCCUCGUUCAAAGCUUGAAUCUCCCCAAGGUGAAAAAAUACUCGGCCAGAGGAAAAGUCCUGAUGCGAGCUCUAUACGGUGUCAAGGUUAAGACUUUAUACGUUUCCGGUGUUUUUGCUGCAGCAUUCUCAGGUUCGUCGCACAAUCUGUUUUACCUUACCGUCUCAGACGAGCUUCCAUGGGCACAGUCAUUCAUGGAAAUGCAGAACACGAUGAACGCAGAAAUCAAGAACGUAUUUUUGUCAGACGGGUUUACGGUUCUGAAAGAGCUCGAGGCCGUUGAUUCGGGUGUUCAGAGACUUGCCCCUGCGAUCCGACAAGGGUCAUUUGAUCCCAUUUCGCUGCAGCCACUGAAGGACUCGGUCACGGAGUUAUCGAAUGGGCUAGAUCUUGUUUCGAAGGAGGUGGAUUGUUUCUUCAAGACUCUGUUGUCGGGGCGGGACACAUUACUGGAGAACCUCAGGUCGAUGGGCGUAUCAACGGUACUCGCAACAUCACCAAAAACGGUUGCUGAUAGACAGCUAUUGUGUGAAUGGAUGGUGUAA